GUCCUUCUCCUGGACCUUGUCUGCUAUCGCGCACUUUUCCACGCCGCAUUCCGCAUCAGCCACGUGCUGCUUCGCGUGCCUGAACCUGUCAGGUGGCCGCUGGUCCUCACCUGAUGGUUUAGGUAUCCAGGGAUGGUCGUACCGUUUCGGGAUGGGCCAGGGCUUGAAGUCCUUCUGGGUGUCUGACAGGCUGAAGGCCCUGGACAGGAUGUCCUCACUAGUCUGGACUGCAGCACUGUGACUCAGUGGUUUGGAGCCAGCAGGAUCACACCAUCACUCAUGUAGCCAGAGAUGAAAAAUGCUGAGCACAGUCCUCCUGAUUGCUGAACAGUUCUUCAGACAGAGUCUUCUUCCAAAAAUCCUGACACACCGAAUGGACCCAGAACAUCAAGCCCCUACAGUCUGUUUGCACUGUGGAAGGACAGAGUUUGGAAAGAAGACCACAUGUUCAAAGUGCAACCAGCAUUUUCACUACACCUGUGCAAAGCUGAAAGGCUUGUGUCCAAGCAUCCCAGCAUGGUCAAAUGUCUGAUGAGGACUGAGAACUCAAAGUGUGUUUGGAUUGAGAUAAGCCAGCCAAUAGGAGGUGAGAAAGGCAGACUUUGGACCCACUUCCUCGGUGGUCCUUCUUGUUCUCAGCAGCAGCAGCAGCAGCAGCAGCAACACUCUGGUUUGUUUCUCGUCUUUUAUGGAAAAAUGAAAAUUGCUUUUGCUCCUGUGAACCUGCCCCUCCAGAGGAGGCUGCAGACUGCUGCGGUUCUAGCAUGGGUCUUCUCCUUCCUAGCUCUGGCACUCACCUGCAUCUUCGUGUUCUUCUACCUGCUCUUCACCCGUUUCUGGCUGAUCAGCGUGCUGUACGCUACCUGGUGGUACUACGACUUUGACACACCUGCCUGCGGAGGCCGUAGGGUGUCCUUCCUGUGUGGCCUCAAACUGUGGGAAUACAUGAGGGAUUAUUUCCCCAUCAAGCUGGUGAAGACGGCGGACCUGGACCCCAGACACAACUACAUCCUGGGCUUCCACCCUCACGGCGUGCUGGUGGCGGGGGCCUUCACUAACUUCUGCACCUAUGCUACAGGCUUCAGAGAGAUGUUUCCAGGCCUCAGCUGCUACCUGCUCAUGCUGCCUCUGUGGUUCAGAGCCCCGUUCUUCAGGGACUACAUCAUGUGUGCUGGUCUGAUCCCAUCUGAUAAAGAAAGUGCCAGUUAUCCACUCCGCACAAGGCGCUGUGGCACUGCCAUCGUGAUCGCUGUCGGGGGGGCCCCAGAGGCCCUCGAUGCUCACCCUGGUACCUUCAAUGUGCUCUUGGCCAAAAAGAAAGGCUUCAUCAAAAUGGCUAUGGAGCACGGGACACACCUGGUGCCGGUCUUCUCCUUUGGAGAGAAUGAAGUUUACGAUCAGGUGGAGAACCCCAGAGGAACCUGGCUGAGGUGGACACAGGAGCGACUGCAAAGCAUCAUGGGUGUGUCUCUGCCUCUGUUCCAUGCACGUGGCAUUUUCCAGUACUCCUUUGGUCUCCUCCCCUACAGACGACCCAUCCAUACAGUAGUCGGCCGGCCCAUCCGGGUGGAGAAGAACAUGAAGCCAACAGCUGAGGAACUCGAUGCCGUCCACCAGCUGUACAUGGAAGAGCUCAGCAACUUGUUUGAGGAGCACAAAGGCAACUAUGGCGUGGACAAAGACACGCACCUAAACUUCAUCUGAGCCCCACUCUGGAAGCAGAAAGGUCUAUUUAUCAGUGGAAACCAUGUUCCUGCCUGUACACUAACACGUCCUAAUGUUUGUCUGUGUUCUUCUACUUCUACUAGUUUAUAAAUUACUCAACGACAUGGGGCCAGAACACAUGUCGGAUCUCCUUCCUGUGUAUCAGCUGGUAGAACCGGGUCAGAACCAAACAGGGUGAAGCUGCUUUUAGCUACUAUGCAGCUCACAGAUGGAGUCAGUUACCCGACUCUAGAAGCUUUUCAUGUAUUCAUCAGCCUUUGAAUAAAUGUUCUGAUGCUGCACCUUC